AUGGGAAAGAAAAAGUCAAAGAACACCAAAAAGGUGGAAACCCAGAAGAAAGACCACAAAGUCGAGAAACGCAACAAGCAGAAAAAGGAACGUGCAGCGGCUUUGGCUGGCAAAUCACAGCCAAAGAAUAGUGGAUCAAAGUCCAACAAUGUGAACAAACAUGUGGAUAAACACCAGGAUAAGCUUGCAGGCAAAGAAGAAAUCACGCAGAAACAGCGAAAAACUCAACAUAAAGCGAGGAAUAACCCUGUGGAUAUCGCAUCCGAUGUGAGUGACGAUGACUCAGAUGCGUCGAUUGGCAAUACAAGAAAAAGACAGCGGGACGAAGAGAAUGUAGAAUCCG